AUGACCGUCUGUACAAGACACCUGGUCCGUUACCUUCUUGGACCCGUGGUCUUCCCAACCUCCUUGGAGGCCACGCUCAGUACCUCGGUUCUCGCUUUCCUUCUCGUUCGGCUCCUACGAGUGACGAGGAGAAAAAAGAAUAAGACGAUACAAUGGAAUGGGCCAGGAAGCGUCCUUCUAUUCCCUUGCCGGACACAUCACGCCCGCUUGUUUCCGACAAAGCAUGCCUUCUCAUACUCGUACCUCACUGUGGGCAUCCCUGUGGGCUUCGAGGACAAUGCAGGGGGCAUGGUCUCGGUCGAGGCCAAGGGCGAGCCAAACCACUCUCCAUGGAUUGGCCUCGCCCUACGGAGGCCGAAGGCUUGGUUCUCCAUCGAUCCUAGCGAUUAUUUGGAGCGUGGCAAGUCGGGAUUGGGACUGCGGGGGAAGCUGGACGAAUACCUGCGGACUCAGGGUGCUGACCCGGCAAGCUACCCGUAUGCGUACCUGGUGACGGCAGCUCGCUUUUUGGGCUACCAGUUUAACCCGGUGUCCUUUUGGUACCUGUACGAUGCCGACAAGCGCCUCGCAGCCAUGAUCCUGGAGGUCAAUAACACAUCUGACGAGCGCCGAAUGUAUUUCCUGACCGCAGGCGACAACAAGGUCGGCCAGGAUGAUGGCCGGCAACAGACUGAAGCAAACCAGGGCAAGCGCUCUCCUCAACCAAGCGGCUACUGCCGACCAGCGUUCACGCAGUCAUGGCCAAAGGACUUCCACGUCUCGCCCUUCAACUCUCGCAAGGGCUCCUACAUGGUGACGGCCUCCGACCCCCUGAGCCCGUGUACGCACGACAAAGGCUCAAUAUCCGUCACCAUUACCUUGCUCUCCUCCAAAGGACAACCCAAGAUUGUUUCUUCACUCACCGCCGAAGGCCCUCCCAUCGACCCUUGCACCAUGGCAGCCAUGCAAAAGCUCCGUUUUCUCGCAUCCUGGUGGCAUGUCGGUUUGCUCACCUUCCCGCGCAUCCUUCUCGAAGCCGCCCGGCUCUUGUUACACCACAAACUGCGCGUCUGGCCUCGCCCAGAGCCCCUGAACGGAACCAUCAGCCGACGCGCCACCUGGACGGAACGACAGCUCGAGCCCAUCUUCCGCCGCUACCUCCAGCACCUGCUGGACCAGACUCCGACCCCGCUAUCCAUCACCUACACGGCACCGGGCGGCAUGACCACCACUGCCUCUCAACUGAUGAUGCUUUCGCCAUCUGCCCGGCAGUUGAUGAUGUUGCAACAGCAACAGCAACAGUGCUCCUCCCACGCCAAUACCGCGACGGAGAUGGAGAGUUUGGAGCUAAAAGUUCUCACGCCGGUAUUCUACAUCGGCUUUGUCCGCUACACCAACAUUGACACCGUCGAUGCUCUGCUCAGCGAGCUCGAUGACGACCAUACAAUCUGGGUGUCGCGGCGGGAUUUGCUCGCCAGGCUUGCCAUGAACGAACCGCUUGGCUGCUCGUCCAAGUUAAAGUCCUUGAGGUCUGGCUACUGCUGGCCGGGGUGGAAGUUGAUCAUGAGAAGGGCGGGGAUGGACAUCGACCGGGGUGGAAAGGGGCGGGGGUUGUCGGGGAUGGAUGCUUAUGUCUUGGAGUGUGAGGACGAGAGGGUGAGGAGAGUGUACCGUUGGUGCGUGUUGAGGGUACUGCUGGCGGAGAAGCUUGCGUUGCAGUCUUGGGGGUGGCUGAUUGUGAAGUUGGUGCUGGUACCGGUGUUCCUUGUUUGGGGUAUGGCGUCGUUUCUUUUGUUUGUUGUUGCGAGGUGAGAUCGAGGGGUUUUGGUCCAGUAUAUAGGAGGGGCCCCGUCCUGGAUAUUCACGGCAUGGCCGUCACAGGCGCUUGUUGGUGGUAUUUGUACCACGCAAGAAGUCAUUUGCGCGGAUUGGGCAGAUAGGCAAACCAUGUCGGUUGCAUUAUAUCUGGCUGUAUGCCACUCAAUUAGACAAAGAAUGGUACCUAUUAGUGAUGCAAG